CAUCUUGAUCCUCGUAGGGAGCUGGUCCUCGCAGGGGCUCCGUAAACACUCCAGGCUCAUCCUAUAAUUGGGCUGACCGCGAACUAGGCUCGUAGCAAGAUGCGGCUCGUGUUCAGUCUACGGCCAUACAUCGCCUCCUCCCAACACCGACUGACUGCUCUGCCGUACCGCCGCCUCGCUGUUCGUUCUAUCGUUCACCGGUCGAUCGCUCACAGAAGACGGCUCAAUUCCUCAUUAGCAGCCGAUCGGACAGCCGAGAGGCAGGGCCUCGACGGGCGCGAAGCCUCCAUUCUACAGGCGAAGUACGCACCGCAGUCGCAAUCGGAGCAAGCAACAUCAUCACCCCUAGCGAGAUACCACAAGCUCGUCGACUCCGGUGUCCUGCGAUACGACGCACAUCAGGAGAGGAUCAUCGGGAAGUUGCAGAAGCUCCAUGACGAGGUCGCGACCUACCAACCACCACCGUCCCUCAUGAGCAGCCGCGUCCAUCUUUGUUUGCUCGCUUCCUCCGCCGGUCAGAGCACGAGCACAGCGCAGCGUCAACCGAGAACAGACCAAAGGGCCUGUACCUCUAUGGCGAUGUCGGGACUGGCAAGACCAUGCUCAUGGACCUCUUCUACGAGGCAUCCCGCCACAUAUCAAGCGCAAGCGGCGAGUGCACUUCCACGCCUUCAUGAUCGACGUGCACAAGCGGUGCACGCAACGAAGGCGAAGCUCGGGUACCAGGGAGGCGACAUUAUUGGCCCUGUUGCACGGGAGCUUGCGAGCGAGGCAUACAUCCUCUGCUUUGAUGAGUUCCAGGUGACCGAUAUCGCGGACGCGAUGAUCUUAAGGCAGCUGUUCGAGCGCCUGCUGAACCAUGGUGUCAUCUGCGUCAUUACCUCCAAGUGGGUUAUGCCGGUUCGUAUGUACCAUGACGCUGAUUUGGUUGUUCAGUCGACAUCCAGAUGAGCUAUAUAAGAAUGGGAUCCAACGAUCAAGCUUCGUUCCUUGUAUUGAGCUUCUGAAGACCCAGUUCGACGUCACGGACCUCGACUCCGGCACAGGUGAACCUCGAAAUACUCCCAUGCGCCCGGC